ACCUUAUCUCCCUGCUUUAGCCCAGCCCUCACUGGGAGCAUAAAUACCGAUUCCUGAGGAGAGCUACCACCCCUGAUAGAUCACCUGGAGAGAGCAUUCAGGUCAUAGGCAGAAGUCCUCAAGAUGAGAGCUGUGAUUUUGAGCCUCUCUGUGCUCUUCCUCACAGGGAGCCAGGCCAACUAUUUCUGGCAGCAUGACGAACCCCAGACACCCUUGGAGCAGGUGAAGGAUCUCUUAACUGUCUACAUGAACACUGCCAAGGAAACUGGCAAGGAAUAUGUGUCUCAGUUUGAGUCCUCCUCUGUGGGCAAAGAAUUGGACCUGAAGAUUACAGACACCUUGAGUUCACUGGGCACAGCCUUUACUGAUUUCUAUGAGGAGCUCACCCCUGCCUACCAGGAAUUGAAGGAGAGCUUCGUUAAGGAAACAGAGGACCUGCGCCAGGAAAUGACAAAGGGCUUGGAAGAAGUGAAGAAGAACAUUCAGCCCCACCUGGAUCAAUUUGAGAAGAAGUGGCAGGAGGACAUUAACCUCUACCGUGAGAAGGUCGCCCCCCUGACCCAGGAGCUGAAGGACGAGGCUAAACGGAAGUUCGAAGACCUCCAGGUCAAGCUGAGCGACUUGGGCCAAAAUCUUCGAGAUCGUGCUCAGGACCACAUCGAGACCGUCCGGGAGUACGUGAGUCCCUACCAUGAGAAGAUCAAGAGCGACCUGAGCGAGAAGCUUCACCAGCUCCGGGAGAAAGGUUUGCCCUCUGCCUCUGACUAUCAAGCCAAAAUGUCCCACCAGCUGAAAGCCAUUAAGGACAAGGUCACUCCCCUCCUGGAGGACCUCAAGGGAACCAUUGACCCCAUUUCACAGAGGGUCAAAACUGAGCUUCUGACACUCCUGGAGGAAGCCCGGAAGACCUUGGGCAGCCAGUGAGGAUGUCCCUCUCUGCCCUCCCUCAACGCAGCCUCAGUGACCAACUCCAAUCCAAAUUACUGCCCCUGAACAGGGAGCCAUAGCCAAAAAAACAAGGGUUCCAUUGCAGGCUGCUGCUAGCCCCCACUCCACUCCUGCCAUCAGUGCCACACAGGGGCCCCCAGCGGCGUUCCUCUCACUCCUUUGUUUCCCUUCCUUCUGGGAAUUCAGGGAAGUGAUGGAUUUGGAGAGGAACCCAUGGAGACCAGUGUAUCCCUAGGAUGGCGUGUGUGUACAUGUGGUGGGGGGAGAGAAGAGGGGGCUGACCGUCUCUUCUGGCUCUUCAGGUCCCCAUCCUCCCUUUCUCUGGCUUGUUUUUUUUUCCUGAUUUUGUGGAAUAAAGGUGUCUAAGUUAUCAAGCAA